CAAACCCUAGCUCUGCCUCUUUUGCCUCACACGCUUCUCCGACGAGUCUUGACUGCUCUCAGAUCCCGGAAAAAUGCCUUUCAAGAGGUACGUCGAGAUCGGAAGGGUGGCUCUGGUCAACUACGGCCCGGACUACGGCAGGCUCGUCGUGAUUGUCGAUGUCAUCGACCAGAAUCGGGCUCUGGUUGAUGCACCUGAUAUGGUGAGGACUCAGAUGAACUUCAAGAGGCUGUCACUCACUGAUAUCAAGAUUGAGAUCCCCAGGGUGCCGAAGAAGAAGACUCUCAUUGCUGCCAUGGAGGCUGGUGAUGUUAAGAACAAGUGGGAACAGAGUUCAUGGGGGAGGAAGCUGAUAGUGCAGAAGAGAAGGGCUUCACUUAAUGAUUUCGAUAGGUUCAAGCUCAUGUUGGCCAAGAUCAAGAAAGCUGGAAUUGUCAGGCAGGAGCUAACAAAGCUGAAGAAAUCAAGUGCAGCCUAAAUCUGUUGCAGUCUUGUUAUAAGAUAUUGAGUUGCUUCUGUUUUGAUUCAUAGUGGUAGCACCAUAUGGGUAUUUUGGUUAGGUCAUAGUUGUGAGAGGCACUUUUGUUGAAAUGAUUGGCAGGUUAUCUUUAAAAACUUUGCAUGAGUUUUGUUUGAAUUGAAAUGGAAGCCAACUUUCCUCGAGUUGAUAUUUCUUUUUAUGAUGUUAUUAUUGUUGCAUUUUGUGGGUU